AUGAAUCACGACCUUAGCGCGUUACUUUAUCCUGAGGAAGAUCUAGCUAUGGCUUGCAUCUCGUACUGUAACGACCCCUUGCCAUUGUGGAACCUUUCGACCGCGGAUGACUGUCUCCGCGAUGAGGCUCUUCCAACAUUGCUUCCCCUCACGGGUAUGAUCGAAGCGUUCCCGGCAACCCUUGAGCCAACUCUCAGCUCAGUAUCAUCGCUAUCGUCGGUUUCCACGCUCCCUGCAUCGUCAGCCUCCACGAACCUAUCAAAGGUGAACGAAUCGACAGAAGCAUCGACACUACACAACAAGUCAAAGUACAGCUUGAAUUCUACAACCCUGGGGUCAGAACAGACCAUCAAAACUCGACCCCGAGGCCGACCAAGAAAAGAUUGGAGUAAAAAACAAGCAACACCACCUCCAACCGACCGUCUUACGAAGUAUCGGGCAAAGAAUCGGCGGGCAUCAGCUCGGUGUCGGGAAAAGGAGAGAGCUCAAGCAGAUGAACUGGAGAGGGCCUUCCAGGAGCAGCUGCAGCGCAAUGCAGCAUUAAAGCAAAGGGCUGCGGAUCUGCGCGAAGAGUUGUUUGAUUUGCAAUUGCAAGCACUGCACCAUACAGACUGCAAGUGUAGCGAUGUGCAGAGUUACAACGAACGGCGCGCGCAGGACGUUGCAAAUGCUUGGAAUCUGGACUUCCGUCUGCCUACACCGCCACGAGUUACGAAACAAACCCUCCUGACUUCUGCUACUCAAUACUCCGCAAUGCGCUUUAGUAACAGGCCACUUUUCAGUAGUUAA